CGCGCGUAGGCCCCCAUGCUCACACACCAAGAGCUGGGGCUGCCCUUCUGGCGCCAACUUGAGGACGUGCGGAGUUUGUGCGGGUGAUACGCCAUACGCCUAUCAACUUUGUUUUGGGUUCGACAAAGUCUCCAUCCCAACGCUACACUAUACACUCCCGGCCGAGGAGUGAGGGCGCGCAACAGCACCAGCAAAUUGGUUCCGUUCUUGGUCCCCUGUGAGAGGGGCGUUUUUGGGAAUACGCUCGUUUUCGCACUCAACGCCUCUCCUGGGACGAAAAAAAAGCAACGCUAAAAAAAAACAAAGCCAAGAAAAGAACAAAAAGGCUGCGUCAAACUGGCUGCCUCGCCGCGGCCGAGAUGGCGCCGAUUGAGGCAGCCGAUGGCCCGCCUCCGCCCGUUGCCAGGCGUAGGACGCACCGCAAGUCUCGCUUUGGCUGCACGUACUGCAAGGGCAGGCGUAUCAAGUGUGACGAGCUGAGGCCGGCAUGCUCAAACUGCCUGAUCCGAGGGCUCAUCUGCAGCCUCAGCAUGGCCGGGUCGACGCCAGCCCCCGGCCCAGCGGCGCCCGGUCCCGCUGACGGCAGCGCCCCUCCGCCAAGCGUCACGGUGCCAGCGCCGCUCGUCUUCGCCGACGCCCUCCCGCCGAUCCGCUCCCCGCAGCAGCAGUCCCAGCAGCCAAUGUCUGGCGGCGCUCCCAGUUUCGGCCUCUUCCCGCUCGGUAGUCUCGGCACCCUCGCCCUGGCCGCCUCAAGCCCGCGGGCCGCCCUCGGGCAGCCGGACGGCGGCCCUCCCAGCGCGGGUGCUCCUCACCCGCCCAACUCGGCAGGGCUGGUCGGCGGCGGCCCGCCGCCGCCCUUCCACUCGCCCAUCGACCGGCGGGUCAGCCUCGCCAGCGGCACCUUUUCGGCAGGCGGCUUCAUGAGCGCAGGGGGCGGCGGCGCAGGCGGGAGCCUCGACAUGACGGACCUGGAGCUCUUCCACCACUUCGUGACCUUCACGGCCGUCACCUUCGGGCACGCCCGCACCAUCCAGCGCUUCUGGGCCAUCACGGCGCCGCAGACGGGGUUCAGUCACCCCUUUGUCCUGCACGCCAUCCUGGCCGUCGCGGGCCUGCACAUGGUGCAGCUGGCGGCCGACCCAGCGCGCCGCCAGAUGCUGCGGCGCAAGGUGGACGAGCACUGGGAUGUGUCGCUGCGCCUGGCCACGCCGCUGCUCGGCGACUUCAACGACGGCAACUCGGACGCCCUGCACGUCUUUACGAGCCUCACCUGCCUCUACAUCUUUGCGCGCGGGCCCCAGCCGGGCAGUUUUCUGCUCUUUGAUGCGGAGCCCCCGCCGCCGCCGCCGCCGAGUGCGCAAGACGUUGCUGGGCCCGGCGGCGGCGGGGUCGAAGGCGGCGUGCACGACAGCGACGGGCUCACAGCAGGCGGCGCCGUUGCCGGCAGCGUGAGCAGCCACGGCGACUACGGCAUGACGGCGGCGGCGGUGGCGGCGGCGGUGGCGGCGGCGCAGGGCGCGAGCAGCACCGAGGAGUGGCUGGUGUUCUUUAGGGGACUGCGCUCGGUCAUGAAGGCGACCAAAACGGCGCAGCAGGCGCACGGCGGCGGCGGCGGCGGCGGCGGCGGCCUCGGCCCGCGCGAGGAAAAAAAGAGUUGGGGGCUGAUCGACCAGAUGUUCGGCCCGGACGCGACGGCAGAGGACAUGGAGCACGACGAGCACAUGCUGGACUCGGACGACGGCGAGGACGAGGACAUGGCGGAUGCUGAGGACUCCAAGGACCACCUGCAGCAGGGUGGCCACGGCCACGGCCACGGCCACGGGCAUCACCACCACCACCACAGCCACCACAACCAUCACCAAUAUCACGACGGAUCAUCCGUCAACGACGGCUCAUCCAUCGGCGACCUCCCACACAUUUCCCACCCCCACCCCUCCCUCCGCCGCAGGCGCUCUAGACGCGAGAGCUCCCACCUCGGCAGCGACAACAGCAGCGGCGUCGGCAUCGGCAUCGGCAGCAGCAGCGGCGGCGGCGGCGGCUUCGCGGCGCGCAGCGAGCCGAUGCGCGACCUGCGCGACGUGAUCCGGCAGCAGGUGGCGGCCGGCGACCCGGACCGGGACGUGUACGCGUCGGCCUUUGCGGCGCUGGCCACGUCCUUCGCCACCGUCUUCGACGCCGACAUGAACCCGCGCCACCGGAGCGCCCAGGUCGUCUUUGGCUGGAUGUACCACGUCUCGGACGACUUUGUGGCCCGCGCCCGGAACCGCCGCCCCGUCGCGCUCGCCAUCUUUGCCCACUUUGUCGUGCUGCUGCGCGUGCUCGAGCUGGGCUGGAUGACGAGGGGCUGGCCCGAGCACCUCAUCGCCGGCAUCUACGACGCCCUGUCGCCUGCCGAGAGGCUGUGGAUCAGAUGGCCCAUGGAGCGCGUCGGGUGGCUGCCGGGGUGAGCGCGAGUUGCCGACGGAUAGGAGUUGGGGGAGUGGGUGGGGAGUGUGUCUCCCAUGUCAUGUAUGUUUCGGCGGCAACCGUCAACUUGGGUUUGGGGCGUCUGGAGCGUAGCAUGUCCUUUAUACCUGUAUUCUCCUCUCGAGCAUGUAAUCAUAUAGUCUCUGGGCUCACAGGACCUUACCGUGUCCAUCGCGCUAGUCAUCAGUGUUUUUUCAACAGCACCCUUUUUCACAUUUACCCAACAAAAAACCGAUCGUCAAAUCGCUUUAGUUUUUUUAUACCUGCCGCUACGUAGGAACUCUAUAAGGAUCCAAGGGGUGAAUCAAUGAAAAGACGGCGAAGAAAUAAGCCAGAAAGCCCCUCAUUCUCUAAUGCGCACUUGUC